AAAAAAAAAAAAGGUGCCCAAGAUGGCGGAUUAUCGAGAGGCGCCCUUGGCCGCUCGGCCGAAAACACUGGAGCCGGCCGAGUACUACGAGCUUUCCCCGGAGUGCAGGCGGGCCGAGGAGGAGCGCGCCGCUCUUCGGGCUCAGCUGAAGAGACAGUAUCAGCUGCAGCUCAACAACCCGCACCGGAGGGAUCUCAUCGAAGAUCCGGCUCUGACGCGCUGGACGUACGCGCGCACAAACAUCUACCCCCACUUCAGACCAACGGCCAAGACCUCGCUUUUGGGAGGGUUGUUUUCGGUCGUCCCUCUCUUCGUCUUCUAUUACAUCUUCAAGACUGACCGGGACAAGAGGGAGGCUGCCAUCAAAGCAGGGCAAUACAAGCGUCCAUUUCAGCUCUCCUACUGACUGCAAGAGUGCUGCCAGCCAGUGAUGCUGCGGGGGCUUCUAAUGCCGUGUGUUAUGAAGAAGUGUGAGAACAAACCUGUAAUAAAUGUAACGUAUGUUGAAAACUAA